AUGCCUGUCAGACUAUUCGUCGGUCGCCAGUCGGAGCUGGGGGUGCCGCCGACCUCAGCACUGGAUGCACGCCUGUUAGUUCUCUGCUUGGUUCUGAAGGAAAAGGAACGCCGAGAAAGUAAUUCUGGGAACCUACCUAAACCCCUUGGGACCGAGCUGGUCGUCGUAGAUGGAUACCCGCAGCGUCAUGCUGGUCAGGCCGACGUAGAAUAUAUGGACGGCCUUUCGCUCGGCGGCCGCGACGGCGAUGGCCGUCCCCGGGUGCGCGUUCUGCCUGACUUUGUUGCCAUACCAUCCCGACUUAUCGUCCCAACGGAGGGCUUGUAUGCUGCUGUCUGUCUGCUGGUAGAAGACCCGGAGGAGGUCAUCCCCCAGCCGAAGAGCGGAGAGCUUGGUUUCUGGGUGGACGAGUCGGUCGACACUGCCAGAUAUCACGAACAGCUGCGUCCUGAGAGGGUUGGAUCCGUUGAUCGCCGCGGCGGCCAUGGGCGUGCCCCAGGCGGGUUCGAUACUCAGGCUUGCUUUCUGCUCCGCCUUGGCCUUGUCGUUGACGAUGCGUCGGUACGAGAUGGCCGUUGUGUUGAGCUCCUGGUAGAAUAUCUGCACAUCGGAGCCCUCGGCACCGGAGGAGAUGGAUGCCGCUACGCUGCGCUGGGUCUUGUUAAUGGGCCCUGA